UCUUUACGCGUUAACAAUAUCUUCCUUCGUUCAAGUCUUCGUUUCUCUCUCGACAUUUUCUCUGCCAUUUCACCCAAAACCAAACAAGAAAAAGAAAGAAAGAAAGAACGAAAAUUUGCAGUUGUUGAAGGGCUUGCCAAGAUUGAGUGUUGAGCUUUGAUUCAGUUCCUUCUCUCAAGUCUCAUUAUUUUGGUAAGAAUUGUCAUUUUUCUUGGAGUCUGAUCAGUUUGUGCCAAGGCUGUCGUAACCCUUUUCGUUUUUUUUUUUCUUUUUCUUUUCCCCAUUGAAAAAAUAAGAAAAUUGGAAUAUUGGGUUUUGUUCAUUGGCCAUGGUUGUCUAGGUAGGGUGUGAGGUUGUUUUUGUAGAGAUUUAUCUCUCUCUCUCUCUCUUUUCCUUUUGGAGGUGGGCUUAGGGUUUCGAUUUUUGGCUGAAUUGGGGGUUUCUUAGAUCAUCUGGUGUUUAUUGAUCAGGUGGUCUCUUUAGGAUUUAAAAAUGUAUGUAUUCUUGUAAUAUUUGUGGGUUUUGGAGGUUGUGAGUUGGGUUUUUCGAAAGCUGUGAAAUUCCUAGACUCGUCCUGAACUGAAAAGAAAAUGUCUUCGGCUGGUAUAGCUGCGCUUAGUCCCAUUUGCAAUGAGCCUUUAAUUUCUCAUAAUAUUUUCCGAGCUCUGUCUGAUUUGGUCUCUAGCGAGUCUAUUUUGAUAUAUCUCUCAGUCUCGGGAUCUAUUAUCCCAAUGAGUGUUUUGGAGUCUGAUUCCAUCGAGUCAGUGAAGCUUAGGAUUCAAACAUAUAAAGGGUUUGUGGUGAAGAACCAGAAGUUGGUUUGUGGAGGCCGGGAGCUGGCUCGGAGCAAUUCGCUGCUCCGGGAUUAUGGAGUUGCAGAUGGAAAUGUUUUGCAUUUGGUUCUUAAGCUUUCGGAUCUUCAGGUCAUCAAAGUUCGAACUACUUCUGGGAAGGAGUAUACUUUCCAUGUGGAACGGGGUAGAGAUGUUAGGUAUGUUAAGCAAAAGAUUGCUAAGAAAGGGAAGGAAUUUGUUGAUCUUGAGGAGCAAGAAGUUGUUUGCAACGGGGAGCAACUUGAGGAUCAGAGACUUAUUGAUGAUAUCAGUAAACAUAAUGAUGCUGUUAUUCAUUUGUUGAUUAGGAAAUCUGCGAAAGUUCGUGCUAGACCUGUUGAGAAGAACUUUGAACUGUCUAUUGUGGCAUCUGAUUUGAAUGAUACGGGAAGCAAUGGAGUUAAGGGGAAAAAUAAUAAGAUGCAACCUGAAGUUGGGAAAGUGCUUUUGCCUAAGAAGCCUUCUAACAAGGAACCUGUGUUGGAGCCUUUUAUUGUCAACCACAAGAUCAAAUUGCCCUCGGUGAUGAAGGACAUGGUUAAUGCUUCGCUUGAUGGAUUAAGUAGCGGGAAUCAUCCAGUCAGGUCUUUAGAGGGUACAGGAGGAGCAUAUUUUAUGCUGGACUCAUCAGGGAAAAAGUAUAUUUCUGUGUUCAAACCAAUGGAUGAAGAGCCCAUGGCUGUAAAUAAUCCUAGGGGGCUUCCAUUGUCAUUAGACGGAGAGGGUUUGAAGAAAGGAACAAGAGUUGGAGAAGGAGCAUUGAGAGAAGUUGCAGCAUACCUUUUGGAUCAUCCAAUGAAUGGCCACCGCUCUUUCAUUGGUGAUAAAGAGGGCUUUGCUGGUGUCCCACCCACGUUUCUGGUCAAGUGCUUUCACAAAGAAUUCAACCAUUCUGGUGAUAUGACUCCCAAGCUUGGAUCACUGCAGAAAUUCAUGGACAAUGAUGGAAGUUGUGAGGAUAUGGGUCCUGGGUCUUUUCCGGUUAAGGAAGUACAGAAAAUCUCUGUGUUGGAUAUAAGGUUGGCAAAUGCUGAUAGGCAUGCUGGGAAUAUAUUGCUAAGAAAAGGAGAAAAUGGCCAGACUGAGCUGAUUCCAAUUGAUCAUGGGUACUGCUUGCCUGAAAGCUUUGAAGAGUGUACAUUUGACUGGCUUUAUUGGCCACAAGCUCGUGUUCCGUACUCUGAUGAGGUAGUUGAGUACAUAAAUUUGCUGGACGCAGAAGAGGAUAUUGCAAUUCUGAAGUUCCAUGGAUGGGAGUUGUCCGUUGAAUGCGCUCGCACCCUUUGCAUCUCCACCAUGCUCUUGAAGAAGGGAGUUCAGAAAGGUCUCACUCCCUUUGAAAUUGGAAGCAUAAUGUGCAGAAAAACCUUGAAUAAGGAAUCCAUUAUGGAGGAGAUUGUCCAAGAAGCAAAGGAUUGUGUGCUCCCUGGAACAAGUGAAACUACCUUCCUGGAGACCGUCUCUCUAAUCAUGGAUGGCCGCCUACGUGAAAUUGUUAAGUCAACUUCUUGAUAGUGGCAGUUCAUAAAAAAGUAAAUUCAUGCUUAGCGUAAUUGUACAUGUUUGUGUCACAGUUUGACAACAGGAUAUUUUGUCCAUACAAUUUCGUAAAGGAUUAUUUCAUUUCUUUUCUUUUCUUUGUAAUUCUUUCCUUGGCCAUUUCUACAAUGUCUUUUGAUUGAGUUAACUGUUAGGUCUUUGAUUCAUAACUGAAAGUAUUUCCCAGUUUGUGUAUGUAUGACAGAAAAAUAUAUGGUUUUCCUUUUCAGUA